GUAAUGUAAAUGCAGCGUUGCUUGUUACCGCCUUUAAGUUUUCAUCUAACAAAUAAUAUUAUUCUAAAGUGAAAGUGUGACGAUUCGUAUUUAGUAAAUAGUUUUUAUUAUGGAUAAUCAAAGAGAGAAGGAACGGGAUCGGUCAAGGCGGGGAGACAGACCUUCACGUUUUUCGGACGCUAUCCGUGACCGAUCUAUUGACCGCGAUCGCUCUGAAGGAAGGCGGCUAUUUGUCUCAAAUAUUCCAUAUGAAUAUCGUUGGACCGAUCUAAAAGAUUUAUUUAAAGAAAAAGUUGGCGAUGUUGCAUAUGUUGAGUUGUUUAAUGAUGACAAUGGUAAGCCCAGAGGAUGUGGUGUUGUAGUAUUCUCUACUACAGAGGCAAUGAAGAAAGCUCUAUCAGUAAUGCAUAGAUAUGAGUUAAAUGGACGAAAGCUUGUUUUGAAGGAAGAAAUGGGUAAUGAAAGAAACAGACUUAAUACUUCGAGGUCUGGUGGAGUAGGAAGCGGAAGGAAUUUAAGAGAUGAUAAAGAUAACUGGGGUGCCAAUAAACCUAGAGAGCCAGAAAAUUUUAACACUUAUGGUCUGAGCCUACAAUUUUUAGAGUCAAUCAAUGUGCAGCCACCUUUGAUGAAGAAAGUGUUUGUUGCUAAUCUGGAUUAUAAAGCUGAUCGUGCUAAAAUUAAGGAAGUGUUUAAAAUGGCUGGGAAAGUCCAUAAUGUUGAUUUAGCAGUAGAUAAAGAUGGUAAUAGCAGAGGAUUUGCAGUGGUUGAAUAUGACCAUCCCGUUGAAGCUGUUCAGGCAAUAUCAAUGUUUGACAAGCAAAUGUUAUAUGACCGUCGCAUGACAGUUCGAAUGGAUCGUGGUGUGUCAGAUAAGACAGAACUUAGGUUACCCGAGGGGUUGAAGGGAAUUGGUCUGGGACUGGGCCCCAAUGGGGAACCCUUAAGAGAUGUGGCGAGGAAUUUGCCUCAAACACCAAGUACUACAAACUUGAGCUUAGCUGGCACUGGUCCAGGAAUUGGUGCUGGAGUGUUGGGCGCGGUGCCAGCUGCAGGCGUGGCAUUAAAUGGCCUUGGUACUGGACUCUCAGCGAAUACACUUGGUACAAACACUGCAUUGGGAGGCAGUUUGAGCUUGCAGGCUUUGGGUUUGACAGGUUUAGGGGCAUUGCAAAAUCAAUUGCUUCAGCAAGGUCUCACAGCCAAUGACUUGGCUACUGUUCUGUCGGCGCAAGCAGCAAAUGUUAACACAAACAAUUUGGGUUUGAAUACUACAGAUUUGGGAUCCAAUGUUAUGGGUAAUUCCAAUAUGGGAGGCAAUGUGCUAGGUGGCAAUCCCAGUUUAAGUAGUGGACCACUGUCUGGUUCAAGCAGACAAAUGGGAAAUGUACCAAUUCCUGGUCAGGGCUACGGCCGUGACACAGGAGUACAGCAAGGAGGAAGGGAUAAAGAUAUGGUUAUAAUUUCUAAUCUUCCAUCAACAGUUUCUUGGCAAUUGAUUCGAGAGAAGUUCAGUGAGUGUGGUGAUGUUAAAUUUGCUGAAAUGACUGCACCAGACACAGCCAUUGUUCGUUUCCAUAAAGAGUGGGACGCAGAGAGAGCAAUAAAAAUGUUUGACAGGACUCGUAUUGAUGGCAGGACAAUUGACGUUCGCUUCUAUUAAAUGUGACGUCAUGCAAUGCAGAUCGAGGAACGCGAAAAUAUAUAUGUCGGUUAGAAAGUAAAUGUCGCACUUAAACAUUGAAGAAGACGAAAAACGAUUUCAUGGAUGGUGUUUAACCCUUUAUAAGGCAUAAGCAUCUAGGGGUGGAUAAGUAAAACUGUUGAUGGUUUUAGACUAUUUUUAUUAUGGUUUUUCACAAAAUGCAAAUAAGAAAUUCAAAAAUUUAAAAAAACACGGUGGUAAAUAUUUUCCCGCUGCCCGUGACGCCUUAACUAGCCUUUCCUAUGAAAUGCAGUAAAACAUGGUGUUAUGCAGAGCGGAACUUUGCAUUUUUCACAUAUAACUUUCGAUCUUUUGUCUUUUUCUUUUGUGCUACACAUUCUGCAACGUUUAUAUGAAGGCGAUUCAACGGGCAUAUGGUCUCCAAGGUUGGUGAAACGAACUUCCUCUGCGACAACAUGCACUGCCUUUUGGCGAUUCUCAGAAGCAAUUUUUUUUCUGCAGAUAUAGUUGACUAAACUACCAGAUCGUCGUUUUCUACUGGAAAACCCACUGAUCAGUCCUCUAGCGACAGAGACUCGAAAUUCAAGAUUGCUUAGUUUUGUCGCAUUCUUAUUUUGGCAAUAUAACAAGUAUGCAUUUGUUAUACUUGUAUCUAAAAGGAAAAAGAAUAUUCGGACCCACCAUCUCCUACUUCUUCUGCCUACUGAAUAGGUACUUUUUAUCUGAUCAAAGUGAUCAACGCCUCCCAUCCUUUUAGUAUACUCCUUUAUUGCUAACGGGCAGUUGAUUUCUUGUUUUGUGCCGUCUUUCUGAGUCCGUAAGACAGUGGUUUUGCCAACUUUUGGAUGGAAUGCAUUACUCAAUAGGAGAACCUCUUUGGUAUCUUGCCAAACUAAGAAAGAUACAUUUCCCUUGACUCUCCAUUUAUAUUGUCCUUUUGCAAGCUUCUGAUUCGUUUUUACAAGUACAGGCAGAUGUUUUCUGUGUCUUCGUACAGUUCCUGUAGCAUAAAUGCCAUUUUCAUAUAGAUAUUGCAUUAGAGUGUAGUCACAGAAGAAAUUGUCAAAUGUAAUAAUAAUAUGAUAUUCCUCCAGUGCUUUAUUUGUCAGCUUUUCAGUCAACAUCUUCACAACUUUGGAUCCUAGUCCUUCCUCUGUUCCGGUUUUUGAUUUUCCAGUGUAUAUGUAGAAUUCAUAGAGAUACCCAGUUUUACUGUCACAGCGACACCAUACCUUGUAACCUCUUUUUAUGGGCUUUAGAGGCAUAUACUGUUUCAUGGAAGACCGGCCUUUGAAGAGAAUCAUCGAUUCAUCAAUACUUUGCGAUGAGGAGUCUUUGGCAUUUUUCUGACAUGCCUGAGUGAUAAGAUCCAAUAAUGGGCGUAUUUUGUAAAGUUUGUCAUAGUUCUCGCUUGUCUUAUCUGGUAUCUGUGUAUUAUCAUUCACGUGCAGAUUUCGCAAUAUCUUCUUGAAUCGCUUUACGGUCAUAGUCUCUGCUAUUUCAUCUACCCUGAAACCAGGGUCGGAAGACCAAUAAAGGUCAAUAGAAGGCAGAAUAUUGUAUCCCAUUAUUAUAAAAAUCCCUACAAAGGCCUUCAGUUCUUUUUUAUCUAAUUGUGUCCAUCCUUCAUCUUUCCUUUGCUCUGCAUAUAAGUUUGUUUGAUAUAUUAUCAAAUCGUAGACUUCAUCAGUGAAGAAUUUUUCAAAUACAGUUACAGGUCUAGUACGGCUGCUAAACAUAAUUGCCGGUUCCAUCGGAAUUUCAUCGUAAACGCUAGGACUUGGCCGAUCAGUUGUCCACAUAGUUUUUUUCCAUGUUUCCUCUUCGCCGUCUGAAUCAUCUGUUUCCGAAUCUGAGUUAGUAUUUGCUACUGGUGAUUGUGGUUGUCGCCGUAAGGUCUGUUGAGUGCCAGAAGUACUGGGUGCAUUUUGGAUUAUUCUUGCCCGCCUAAGCCGGUCACUGUUGGUUGGUUGAGGUGAUGGACUAGGUUGGUUUUCAACAGACGCAUUACUUAUAUUACUAAUAAGACUAUCAGGUGGAUCAGGUGUGGGUGCUAGAAUUCCAUCAUGAGGCUCAUCAAGGCUCUCUAAAAUUCUUUGAAGUUUCACUGUACUGUACUGCACAUCUUCUUCAUCGGAUUCCAAAUUAUCAUCUGACACAUCGGGAUCAUCAGGUAAACCAAAAAUCUCUUCUAAUGCACAAGCUAUUUCCAAGUCAUUCAGUGCCUUUUCAUUCAUUUUCAAAAUAUAAAUCUGUAACAACCAAUACAUACUGUCAGCUCCACGGGCAAAGGGAACAUUUUUACCACCACAAAAAGCCCCUACUAACAAAAUCUGCAAAAUGUAGAAUUGAAAAUAUGCUUGAAUAUCAAUGAAAUAUACAAUAAGCUUUAGAAAUAAUAACAACUUACCGUUCAUGAGUCGCAGAUAUAAAAGAUUUAUAAAGAUUUUAGAAGUCGUACCGAAACACACCCGAUUUCAGUCUUCCAAACGUCACAGUGUAAAAUCUAAAAUGGCGACGUGUCAUUGCCAUAGAUGAAAAAUGUUGACCGGAUAUCCAUAAAAAUGUUGCCAAUAGGAAAAAAUCUUUCCCUAAAAUUUGAUUAACUAAUAAUGUGAAAAUUAGUGGUGGGAAAUAUAUUCCCGCUGCCUUAAAAAGGGUUAACAUUCCUAAUUUUAAUUAUAUGACAAACCGCCUUAUUGAAGAUAUUUUUAAGAUAAACUGUGAUAUUAAGUAGUUACCUUUUUAAUUAUAUACAUAACUAAUAAUAAAGAUUUAUUCUG